AUGGAACAACGCCUUGUUCAGCGCGCAAAAGCGUCUCCCAAUGCAAUUGCAGUGGUCGACGGUGAUACCAGCCUUACCUAUCGAGAGCUUAUUGCGCGAGCUGAUAUACUCGUCGAAAAAUUGCAUGAAAAAUCAAUCAAACUCGGGGAGCCUGUUUGUAUCUUACUUGACUCAGGAUAUCAGCAGAUUAUAUCGCAAAUUGCUGUCCUCCGAGCGGGAGGGACCUGUGUGCCCAUUGACCCAUGCAUUCCUUCUCUUCGCCUGGUGGCCAUGCUGCAUGAUAUCAAUUCCCGCUUCGUCAUCACCAGCAAAGCUUUGAUGGAUCGAGUGUCUGGGUUUGAGAUUAUCCAAGUUGAAGACGCAACUAUGCAGAGUAUCACCUUGAGUGAUACCGCCCCAGUUCGUGUACAGGCAGGAUGUCCGGAUACCCAUCGCAGCUAUGUUUUCUUCACCUCUGGCUCCACGGGACAGCCUAAACCCAUACAGGUCCUGGCUUGUGGUGUUCUGCAUGUCUUAGACUCUCAGCCGGCUUCAUUGCUUGAUUCUUCCGACCACGUGGCUCUUGCCAUGAGUCCGGGAUUUGAUUUCAGUAUCUGGGCGGUUUGGGCAUCACUACUCGCCGGGGGUACGGCCAUACAAGUUCCCAGAGCGAUCGUCACAGAUCCGAUUGGUUUCAGCGACUUUAUGGAAAGCAGAAGAGUCACAGCGGUGAUUAUACCAACAGCGCUCUUCAAUGUCAUUGCCUUGUAUGCUUCAACCGCCUUUCGUGGGCUGCGUCACGUCCUUGUGGGAGGAGAGCCUUUGAAUGUCAGUGCAGUCAGAAAAGUCCUUAUCGACGGCCCACCAACAAAUCUGUGGAAUGGAUACGGUCCUACAGAAACAACUAUAUAUGUAACCAUAUGCCGGGUCGAUCUACAGGAGACACAACAUCCUCGCAUCAGCAUCGGACAAGCAUUCGGAGAAUCCAAGAUUUAUCUAUUAGACGGACAGCUCAGGAAUAUCACCGGGACACAUCAGACUGGGGAGAUUUGUGUUGCCGGUCCUCAGAUUUCAUCCGGAUACCUGAAUAGACCCAAAGAAAAUGAGAAGCAAUUUAUCCACGUCAAUGCCGCCACACUUGGAGAGCAAGGUGGAAGAUCUAUCCGCCUGUACCGUACUGGCGAUCUGGCACAAUGGAGACACUCAUCUGGUUCCUUGGAUUAUAUUGGCCGUGCAGACAAACAGCUCAAGAUUUCUGGGCAUCGUGUGGAACUGGGGGAUAUCGAGCGUACGUUGGAGAGGCACCUGCACGUGGCAUCAUGUGCUGUCAUCCUAAACAAGAAGGAGACCUCAGAGGCCUUGGCGGCCUUUUGCAUUCCAGUCGAAUGCGAAACGGAAGUUCAGUGGUCUGAAAUUAUCAAUUGGGCCAAGGAACAUUUGCCAUACUACAUGAUCCCUGCUUCAAUCCAAACUGUCCAGAAAUUUCCCCUUACAUCCAAUGGCAAGGUGGACAGAAAUGCCCUGAUUUCCAAUUUUCACAAGGCAUCAUCAAAGCAACAGGAAUCCGAAGUCCAGCAGUCUCCACGAGUGGACGGUCAAACUGACUGGCUCCGAUUGCAUCUUGAAGAGUUGCUGAAUGUGUCACCACUUGACCCCCACAAAAAUAUAUUCUCUCUGGGACUCGAUUCGCUGCAGGCUGCCCAGCUCAUAGGAACGAUCAAUUACAAUAAUGGAAAACGCGUGACACAGGCACAACUACAUGCCAACGCUACUUUGGAAAGUCUUGCAGCUCUCCUUCAAAGCUCUGCCGAAGUCGGUGUUGAGCCGACCCAGACAAAGAGAUGGGCACAAGACUCUCACCUAGCAGACGAUUUGGUUUCUCCUCCAGAUUGGCAAUCUACUAAGGAGGGACACGUUUUCCUCACAGGAGCGACUGGGUUCCUUGGCGCACACUUACUUCAUCAACUUCUGUCCAUGCCGGGUGUGAAGAAGGUGGCCUGUCUGGCCCGAAGCCGUGGCGAUAUAACAGCAAAUGACCGCAUUCAGAAAGCCUUGGAAAAGUACGACCUUUGGAAUGAUAGGCUGGAGACAACUCAAAAAAUCAUCGCUCUUGACGGUGAGCUUACAGAUGCCAACCUAGGCCUAGGAGAGGAGAAGUUCUCCUGGCUCAGCAACUGGGCCAGCAUCGUCUUCCACAAUGGUGCGCGAGUAAACUGGUGUGAACCAUACGAAGCUCUUUAUGAGCCAAAUGUUCUUGGCACGCGGAAUCUAAUCCGACUCACCACAUUGGGCCGACGCAAGACACUGCAUUAUAUUUCCUCGCUUGCCGUGUGGAAUGUAACUGGCUUUGUGAACAAAACGAAGCAGGUUUUCGAAGAUGGCCCUCUCGCACCACAUUUGGGAUCCCUACCUUACGAUAUGGGAUACGCGCAAACCAAGUGGGUGGCGGAUGAAAUGGUCCAGAGGGCCCGGGCCCGUGGCUUACCUGCAAUUAUCUAUCGUCCAGGGUUCGUGAUUGGGGACAAAUCACAAGGUUAUGGAAACGCAGAUGAUUUCUUCGCACGAAUGAUCAUGGGGUCAAUUCAAAGCGGUCUAUUCCCCUAUCUUCCUCGCCUGCGGCUGGAGUAUGUGACGAUUGAUUUUGUCUGCUCGGCUAUUUUACAUAUUGCUUCAAAGUCCGAGAAUCUUGGCAAAUCCUACCAUAUUGUCUCCCCGGAUGUGACACAGUCGGUUGAUUUAGAGGAGACGUGCAGUUUGCUCAACCAAGCUGGAUAUCCAGUCAAGCAAGUUCCAUACCAGGAAUGGUUAGAGUGGAUUCAAGAGCAUCCGGGAGGUCCACUGGAGCCGUUGCUUCCAGCGCUGCAGGAACAAGUCUGGGACAACUUGACUCGGAUCCAGACAUGCAUCGACGUUCCGGUUUUUGAGACACAGAACACUGUUCAGGCCCUAGAGGACCGGCCGGAUAUCAAUUAUGUUCCUUUGGAUCGGGAGCUACUGCAACGCCACAUCGAGUUUUGGGUGAGCAAGGGGUAUUAUUCGCUAAGAAAAUGA